AUGGGUACAGUCAAGACCCUGGUAGCUGAUAACCCUUUGGUAAUCUUUAGCAAAACUACUUGUUCAAUAAGCUACUCCAUCAAAGCACUCAUGAAAAGUUUUGGGGCUAACGCGGCUAUAUAUGAGCUCGAUGAAAUUCCGAAUGGGCAACAAGUUGAGGGAGAGUUACUAGGGCUAGGUUGCAGUCCAAGUGUCCCAGUUGUUUACAUAGGUAAGAAAUUGGUUGGAGGUUCUAACGAGGUUAUGAGCCUUAAUAUGAGAAGCGAGCUCAAGCCCCUAUUAAUCAAGGCUAAUGCUAUAUGGCUCUAG